AUGUUGACAUCGACAUCGUCCGACAUCACACCUUGUGCCAAAUUUUUACAACAGCCUAGCAUUUACAAACAGGACGUUGAGCAACUCACCGCCAAUGGGUCCAAUUUCGACAAGUGGAAACGGGGACUCACACAAAUUGUUCUCCUCACUCUCAGUCACCCAAAUUUUUUCGACAAGUUGGACAACUAUUCCAAGCUAUCAGACCAGGAGAAUACAUGUUUAUUAUUCCUUAUACAAAUCAUGAUCCACGAUGAACUUGCCUCUCUCGUUGACCAAUACACCAAAGGCACUGAAGCCUAUGAUGCCGUCCAAACCAAUUUCCAAGGCACAGUUCGAUUCCGUCAGAUGGAACCCAUCGACAAGCUACUCAAAUUCCGAGUCUCCGGUCCAUCCACCGAGCCCUGA